AUGAGCAAAGUAGCUGAAGUUGCAGCCCGUGGUGAGGAAGUUUCGCCGAGGGAUAGCGAUGAUGUCUUUGUGGGUGAGAGGCUGGGGACGGCACGAGAUGUCGAAGAUAUGAAACGUAUGGGCAAAGAACAGCUGUUUAAGCGAAACUUUGGGUUCUUGUCCAUCUUCGGCUUCGCCAUGAUCCUGAUGCAGACAUGGCAAGCUUUACUAGGGACCAUCGUCUUUGGUCUCGGUAAUGGUGGUACAGCUGGCCUGAUAUAUAUGUACAUCAUCGUUGUUUUCUUCUUCAGCCUCGUCAACAUUUCCAUGGCUGAGAUGGCCUCCAUGGCGCCUACGGCAGGUGGUCAAUACCACUGGAUCUCCGAAUUUGCACCGCCAAGCCAACAGAAGCUUCUUUCCUUCGUCGUGGGUUGGCUUUGUACCCUCGGCUGGCAAAGCGGAGUUUCAAUAGGAUGCUUUCUCGCAGCCACUGAGAUCCAAGGGCUCAUAGUCCUCAACAACGACAAUUACAGCUACGAACGAUGGCAUGGAACUCUCCUCACUAUAGCAAUUGUACUCUUCGUCGCCUUCUUCAACACCUUCUUUGCAAAGUAUCUUCCACUCGUUGAGCGAUUUGUUCUCGGUCUGCACCUCGGAGGGUUUCUUUGCAUACUUGUCCCACUAUGGGCUCUGGGUCCACGAGGAAACUCCCAUCAGAUUUGGACUGUCUUCGAAGAUGGCGGUGGAUGGGGUUCGACCGGUCUCGCAACGCUUGUCGGCUUGAUCACACCUACCACUGCUUUUCUUGGUGCCGACGCUGCUGUGCAUAUGGCCGAAGAACUGAGGAACGCCUCCAAGACGCUCCCAAGAGUCAUGAUAUGGACGUCGGUCGUCAACGGCGCGUUGGGUUUUGUUAUGCUUGUGACCUUUUGCUACACGUUGGGCGACCUAGAUAGCGUCCUCGCGACGCCGACCCGUUAUCCUUUCAUUCAAGUCUUCUACAACGCUACAGGAUCGAAGGGCGGCGCUACUGCAAUGUCAUGCAUCCUCGUUCUUUCGUCCAUCGCAAACGGCAUGACAAACAUGGCGACUGCGUCUCGGCAACUGUUUGCGUUCGCUCGCGACGGGGGCUUGCCAUUCCAUACAUGGUUCGCCAAAGUCGGCAAUCGGAUCGAGAUUCCAACCAACGCUGUGAUUUUUACCAUUGGAUUUUCCACCCUGUUUUCUCUGAUCAACAUGGGCUCGACCGUAGCCUUCAAUCAGAUCCUAUCGCUCGGCGUCGCGGCACUACUCUCCUCCUACCUUGUCUCAAUCGCCUGCGUCGCCCUUCGCCGCAUCCGUAAGCAACCGCUUCUCGCCCGCGCUUUCAACCUCGGACCAUUGGGACUUCCCAUUAACUUAGCCUCCAUUGCCUUCCUCCUCUUGACCUUUGUCAUGAGUUUCUUCCCAGGGAUGGCACAUCCGAGACCUCAGACCAUGAAUUGGUCGUCCUUGGCUUACGGGGGGGUGCUCAUCAUUGGGGGUGGAUACUACAUAUUUUGGGCACGACAUCACUAUGUGGGACCCGUGGCAUAUGUCCGCAUGAGCGCUUGA